AUGGCGUACACAUUCCAGCACCCGCCGCAGGAAUUUAUGCGGCCGCAGUACCGCGACCCCACCGGCUCCAUGGGCCGAAAGCAGUACGCCAACAUCAUGCACGACCGCCGCGUCUACAGGGGCAGCACGUACGCCGCUGUGCCGAUGUCGGUGCAUGCCAAGGAGGAGCAAGCGCGCGAGGAGCGGGAGACGCUGCGGCGCAAGAAGGAACUUACGCAGCGCGCGACCUCGAUCAAGCGUCGCAAGGAGCUCGACGCAGCGCAGCGGCGCCUCGCAACGCCGCCGCCAGUGACGGGCCGCCAGCACAUCGAGGUGCAGACGGAGGAGUUCCUCGAGGAGCUCAAGGACGAGGUGGAGGCGGUCCCGCAGGAGACACAGACGGAUCCGAUGCUGGAUCGCCCGGCAACGCCAAAGUACGUUCCAUUGAAGACGGGGCGCGAUGCGGAGUCGCAGAUCAAUGAGGGCGACCUGUUCCACUUCGACGAAGCGGUGGACCCCAUUCUCGAUGUGAUGGUCGGCAAGACGCUUGAGCAGGCGAUGCUGGAGGUGCUGCAGGAGGAGGAACUGGAGCUGCUGCGACAGCAGCAACUGGAGUUCGAGCAGCGGCGUAAGGAGGAGCUGCUGGAGGCGCAGCGUCUCGAGGCGCGCGAGAAGCGCCUCUUCGAGGAGAAGGAGCGGCGCAAGAAGCAGGAGGCGGAACGCAUCAAGCGCGAGAAGGAGACACGAGAGAAGCUGCAGGCGCGGCAGUUCGCCAAGGUGUAUUUGAUGAACCUCGAGAACCGCGUGUUUGCGCGGCUGCAGGACGAGGGGUGGUUCCGCGACCGCGUGCUGCACGAGGUGGAGUUCGACUUCUUCCCGUGGCUCAUGGACGAAGUGGCGGCGGAGAUGGAGCGGAAGCGGCGCGCCCGCGUGCUGGUGGACGACCUCAUUCGGCAGGUAGUCGCCGUGCAGCUAGAGGGAUAG